CGGCGCGGCGCGGCACGGCGUGACAUGGCGCUUCCCUUGUGCGUUGUUUGACGUGCUGUAGCAGCUGCGCUCGUUUGUGAACAUGAAUAUUGAUGAACGAUUUAUAUUAGCUGUGAGAGAAUACCCAUUUCUCUAUGAUACUGCUGACCCAGGGUAUCAUGACAACAGAAAGAAAGACAAAGCAUGGCAACAAAUUUCUGAGAGUUUUCAAGGCUGGUCAGCGGGCAAUCAAAGGGAAGAACACAUUAAAAUUGAACGCAUCGAGACAACUGAGGAAUGCAAUGAGAUUCCAAAUGCUGCCUCUGGAAUAACAAGUUACACAGCGGGAACGAGUGAUCCCCCAAGAUCGAGUCUUCACCCUCCUGUAGCCCAAUCUCUGCAAGAAGACCUCCACGAUAGGAAAAGGUCAAGUGAAGUUUAUGAAGAAGAUGCUUUGUGUGCCUUCUUUAAGGCUAUGGAGAAAACUGUACGCACAUUCAGCGUUCCGAUGCAAAUCGAAAUAAAAGGGAAAAUAUCGAAUCUUAUUAACGAGUACGAACUAAAGAACUACCGGCAGCAAGUUCCAGAGUGA